AUGGUAAUGUUUCAGAAUAUAUACGGCUCAUGUCUUGGAGCAUCUGGACCACUUGGUGGUAAUUAUGGCUUGAACUACGCCGGCAUCUCACCAGCCGCUGCAGCUGGUUUAGCUGGUCCCUACGACUUAGGAGCUGGUCUGGCAGCUUCUCCCUUUGGACUCUCAACUGCCGCUAUUGAACUUGGAGCACCUGGACCCUAUGGUGUGUCACCUGCAGCCAUUGAAGUUGCAGGAGCAUAUGGAGGCGCUGGUAUCGGAGAUGUUGUUGUCGUGGGUGAAAUGCCAGUCGCUGGCACCACGCUGGUUGCUGGACAGGUGCCCAUCCUUGGAGCUGUGCGUUUCGCUGGAGACCUGCCAGCCGCUGGCACUGUGUGCAUUACUGGCAGCUGCGGCUGUGGGUGCAAUGCUGGAUAUCUUUAU